CAUAAAAAAUCUCAAGUAAAUUUAUUCAUGUCAGGCAUAUAACGCUCCGUAAAACCUUGCGCGAUUAUUUAAUUAUAUCUAAUCUACCACUUUUUGAAAACAAACACCAAUUGGAAUGCCUGUUUAGGCAUUGGCAAUGUGUAUUUUUUUAAUCGACAGCAAACGCGGUAAUGUUUGCUCGUUUAUUGAUUGAUUACGUAGAGCUCAGGGAGAUGGCGCGCGCGCUUCAAUUGUUUUUGUGUUGUUGGUCGCCAUUGAGCAUCGAAAGUUUUUAAUGAUUCCGAACGGAGAGGAUUAGGUGAAAAAUGUAACCGAGAAAUGAAAGAAGUCCGUCUCUGAAAAUCAACUGCCAGAAGUGAAAGGAACUCGAUUUCGGCCCUCAAUCUCUGAGCAACCCAUUCGCCUUCAUGGGUUAGACUACAGCAACGUUAGCUUGGCCAAGGGUUUGCACUCAAACAUUGGAGCUCAUCUUUAAGGACAAGUUUGAGACCUGCCGAUGCACUCAAGGAAAGCUGUUUCCAGAAGGGCACUAAUUGCGAAUGCCGGCCGCCACACUCACUGUGGCUGGCCGGCAUAAGCUUCUGAAAUAACAGUUUAGAAGCAAAUUUUUCUUCCGAGCAUUCUGGACAUACGGUUGAAAAAAAAGCAACUCAUGUUAGACUGGAAAGGACAAAAUCUUAACCCAGUUGUCGGGACCUGAAAUGGAUGAUGGGCAGCGAUUACUAGACGUGAUUAAGUCAUGUUUUGACAGUGACCCAUCAGCACUGGAGUCGUUUCUUGGCCUGCAUCCGCCCGGUGGUGGCACCGGAGGCAACACUGCCCCCACGGUGCCCCCGACCACUUCGGCCACCUCUUUGAUGGCCACCGACCAGUCCAUCCUCAGCUCUGUCAACAUGCUGCAGGGUGACGGGCACCACGACCUUGACCCCAGCUCCCUCGUUGACUCGCUGACCCAAAGUCUGCUAGAGUCAAACCCCCUGCUGCACUCAAGUUUGCUCGAGAACGGCUCGGCCACCUCGCAGCUGCAUCAUUCUGCGCCUUCAACCUCUUUUGCUGCAAUUCAGCAUGCUCUCCAGCAGCAGCAACAGCAGCAGCAACAACCUUCAAUUCAGCAGCAACAACAACAUGGUGUGAUAAAAAUUGAUGCUCCUCAGCAUCUGCAUGCUCAGCAGCAGCAAAUCCACACAAAUGUGCAGCAACCUGGCCAGCAAAUGGUGGUCAGCAGCGCCGGAGGUCAGCAGUUUAUUAUAACUCAGACGGGUUUCCAGUCGCCACCCCCGGCUAAUAGUACUGGAGGCGCUAUUUUUGCCACCCCGAGUGACCAGCAAAACCAUCAGCAAUUUCCUCCAAACAGAUCGCCAGUGCCACACGCCCCUCCGACGCCAUCGCCCAGUCCGGGCGUCCUUCUUCGAUCCCCAGCGCCAGUCAAUCAGCAACAGGCCUCGCCGCAGCCGCUGGCCUCCCCCGGGCCAUAUCAUGUGCAAAAGUCGCCUGCACCCCCCACUGCCGCUCUCACCCCCGUCCCCUCGCCCUCGCCAAGCAUCACAACCUCGACGGCCAAUUUGCCAGCCGCCCUUUUGCAGCAUCCGGCCCUGCAGGCGGCUGGUAUGUCCCAAUUUUUAUCUCAGAACAACCAGUUGGUGCAGAUAAUUCAAUCGGGCGGCCGCUUGGCCAUGGCACCUUCAAUCCAGCCGGUGGUCAUGAGGCCAAAGCAGCCACAGUUGCUCCCGAAACCAGCCAACGGGGUGACUGCGCAAGCAGCCAAACAGCCUUCAUCAUCCAGCACCCCGCGGCCGGUGUCCACUAGUCAGCCCACAGCUCAGCAAAUUCCGCCUCAGACACCACCUCCUCAGCAGACCAUGGCCACUGCUGUGCCCAAUGCGCAGCAGAUUCUCAUGAAUCCUCUGCUCUCCCAACAGUUGUUGCUUAAUCAGGUGAUUCCAUCAUUGGGGCAGGGCCCCAUGAUUGUUCAGCAACCGGGCACAGGAAUGCAAUUUAUAAUUCGGCCUCAGCAGUCUCCGUCGCCAACUGCGGCCCCUAUGCUGAACAAGAACACAGUUGUGAUACCAGGUCAGCAGCAAGGUCAGACCGUGCUGAUCCAACACCCAGCGGCUGCAGCCCUUCAGCAGCAACAGCAACAGAGGGCCAACCAAAUGCAGCAGCCUGUGCUGCGCCUUGUGCAAACCAACAGCGGUCAAAUGCAGCUGCAGCAGAUCCAGACCUCUAAUGGGCCAGCAAUCAUAGCAGUGCCUUCGGCGCCAAUGCUCAGCUUCCAACCUCAGAUGAGGAACCAACAGCAACCUCAGGUUGUCAUGUCACAGCAAGUUGUGUCUCAGCAGCAGCAACAGCAGUUGAUCAACUCUUUUUUGGCUCAGCAGCAACAGCAAAUGCAGCAACCUCAAAUGGUUGAGCGGAGACUUAGUACAGACUCCAAUUUGUCUAUCGGGACAAUCAUGUCUCCUCCGAAUAUGCAUUCGCAAACUCCAUCACCAGCACCAGCCACGCCUCAAGUUGUGAUCAAACAGGAACCUCAACAGGUUCAAAUUCAAGCUCAGCAGCAGUUGAACCAGCAGCAACAGCCUCCGAAAAAGAAAUCAAAGCCCAAGAAAAAGAAAACCAAAAGCAAGGAUGAAGAGGCGAGCCAACAGGUUGAAAGCAAAUUAAACCUAGCAGAUAUCAUGAAAUCUGCAGGAAUUGGAGAUGAUGAUGACGGAAUGCUGGAUGAUCACACAGAUGUUCAACCAGCUGAGCAACAGCCACCUCAGCAACCCACCUCGCAGGCGCCUGUUGUCCAACAGCAGCAACCCACCUCCGUUCAAUCACCACUUGUGUCUCAGCUCCAAAAUCCAGUGACCCUCCAGUCUACGUCUGCAACUCUCACUCCUCAGCAACAAGUUCAGCAGCAGCUGCAGCAGCAAUUAAACCAACAGAUUCAACAGUUAAACCAAGCACAACAUCAGCAGCAGCAACAAACUGUAGCUCAACAGGUUCCACAGGCUGUGCCCCCAGGUCAGGUCAAAAUCGCUGUCACCGAGGAUGGACGUGUGAUAAUCCACAGAGAUGGCAGCAUGAUCACUAUUCCUCCUCAGCCUGGUGGUCCAGCUGCUGGUCUAGCUGCGGCCCAAGUGAUUUUGCAGAGCUUGCAGUCAGGAAUGCCGUCCCAAACCGUGGCCACACCACACCCUUCCUUAACUCAACUGCUACAAAACAAUGCUGCUCAACAGGCUUUGAACCAGCAAAUUCAAGCAGCCCAAGCUCAAAGACAGCAGACUCAGGUCCUUAUGCUGCAACAGCCUAACAAUCAGGCUGUGGUGCAGACGACAACAACAAAUGCAGUUCAAGCAGCUCCGCAGCAACAGUUGGCCACAACUUCUGCUUCGGAAAUGACUUCAAACAUGCUAAUUGGAGGACCAGCCAAGCAGCAGGUUGCAAGUCAAUCUGACAAAAUCCCUGAGGCUCUGCUGCAAACCCUUCGAAGCGCCAACAUUGACCCCAACUCGCAAGCGGCGGCUGCCAUUCUGCAAGUUGUUGCCUCGGGCACGCCAUUUGCUUUCCAGGCAGGAGACCAGAUUGUUCUCACUCAACAGGGCGCUCAGCUCUACCAAAUGCUCCAGCAGCAACAGUUGCAGCAAAUGCAACAGCAGCAGCAGCAACAACAACAACAACAACAGCAGCAGCAGGUGCUCAUCAGUUUAGACGCCCUGCAGCAGCAGCAGCAACAACAACAACAAAUUCAGCAACAAAUGACUGCGACCAAAACCGUUCCUGGACUGACUGUGGCCGCUGGAGGCACUGUGAUUGUUGGGGCUGACGGCUUCCCAAAACCUAAUCUUAUGAUCAACGCUGCACCAAAGGCAACCACUGUGAUCAGACGCACUUCGACUGAGAGUAUACAGCACACAUGCAAUAGGCACGUCGAGCCUGCCCAAACGACUGCCCCCAUUCAACAGCAGCAGCUCACGCAGAUGGAAAACAAAAUCCGAACCACAAUCACCUGCCAACCAAAGCCGAGUACGAAGAAGAAAAAGGCGGUGAUUAAAAUUGAGAGUAAACCAGAACCAUCAAGACUGCAGACAGCUCCCAUCAAAGCAGAGACUAAAAUUCUACCACAACCAAGUGCAGAGCAACCAAGCAUAUCAAACGGACCUUCAAGCAUCUCCAAAAUGCUUCCCAACUCUCCAUCGAGCAAUGUAGUCACCUCCUCUUCAGACUCCAACACACAGACUCCAGUUCUGCAGGCCCAACCUGCUCCAGAAACACCGUCGCCCUCUUCCUCUCCAAUUAAACAACCCCCUUCAACACCUCAACAGCCUUCCGUACCACAUGGUCUGAUGCCACACAAGGUUCAAACCAUCCAGUUGACUCCUCAGAAACAACAGCAUUUGAAGCAAGUUCAGGCCCAAAUUCAAGCUUUGGCCAAAAAGCAACCAAGGAGUGCCCAGGAAAAUGCUGUUCUGCAGAGGCUGUCUUUGGAGCAGAACAAAAUUUUGGCCUCUGGAAAACUGGUCCCGACCAUUCCCGGCCAGCAUGCUCAGGGACUUCAGUUUCCGUCUCCUCCUCCCUCUGCAGUAGGCGAAGUAGAAGCAAUUAUUGACGAGUCUGCUCUCACUGAAGCAGCCCCCCAACAGCUUGCUUACCUUGCCAAUCUGUUAAAGCAGCCUGUUCCUCCCCAGGUGAACAGCAACAACCAGUCACCGCAGGUGUGCUACUACCACCAGGUGGGAAAUCAAAUCAUAACCUUCACUCAAAAGUCGCACCAGCAGCAACAGGCAGCCUCUCAGGCCAAGAGCACAUCUGCUGUGUCAUCAACCCAGAGCGUGGUAACAACUACGGCCUCGAGUUUGACCACUGCGGCCAAGGCAAGUACCACUAGUUCUGCAAGCACCACCCCGACGCUCUCCUCCACCCCCACUGUCGUCUAUCUCAACUCGAGUAUGGACAAAGGCCUAACUACAGCAAUACCGACGCAAAUCAAAGCCACCAUUCAGGUUCACCAGGUUCCAAGCGCAAGUACAGUGGUAACGCAGGCCCCACCGAGUAGCACAGCCAACAGUGUAACUCUCCUUCCUAAGCCUCUCCAAAUCAAAGCAGCCACUGCCACGACCCCGGCCGGACCUGCAUCUCCUAACAAAGGGCUCAAACGUCCUGCAAGCACUCCAGUCAAGCCUGGAUUCAACAAAAUUUGCCUAAUCGAGCAACAACUGACAAAAGACCAGGAAGGUGCAACUGAUCCGGACACAAAGACACCGUUCCGGAGCAAGGCGGACGCUUGCAAGCGGCUGCUGCGAUACCACGUUUUCCAAGAAAAGGUACUUGGCCAGAAGGACCUGGAGAAGGCGGAUGAGUUCUUCGAGGCCACAUCACAACACUUGCUGGACAAGUUUGAGCAGAUGGUCCACAAGUAUCAGUACCUGUGUCUCAUGGAGAGCCAGCGAGAGGUGGCCACCUCAGAACUGAUGAUGAUUGAUAGGAUGUUCCUUGCUGACGAACAGGCCUCUCUCAAGGACCUGAAAGACCAAACUGCUGCUGCUGCAACUGCGGCUAAAGAAGCAGAUGCGGCAGCCGAGGCGAUCCAAGUAAAGACGGAGACUCCGGUCCAUUCCAAGUCGGUGAUGCCGCUGCUAGUUGGUUCGACGAACAAUAGUGAUGUGAAAGAAUUACGGAUAGUGGUGCAGGACGUGGCCCGGGUCACGAGUGAGGUUAAAAAGGAGCCCAAGAUUGAGCAAAACUACGACGAGUUUGAGGCCAUUCAGCGCGAGUUGAACAGCUAUGCGCGCGACACCAACGGCAGCGGCGUCGAUUCCUCGGACGACCCGAGCGCCGCCGAGCUAGGUCUGGACGACGACGACCUGCACGCGCAGGUGCAGAGCGCCAUAGACUCAAUCCUCAACCUCCAGCGCAGCGACGACCUGCUGCCGACGGUGCCCACCAACGGGCCGACGGCCUCUGCCGGUCGUCGACCGCCCAACAACGGCGACCACUCGCUGACGGCGCGACACCUCAAUCUGCUGGACGACGACGACGACGAGGACAUCGUCGGCCCGGCCGGCGACCCAGCACUCGACGAGGCGGUCCGCAGCAUUCUGACCUCCUGACAGUAGCCCUGUCGAAUUCCGGCAUUCGGCUCUCGACAUGUUCUGAUUGAGGACUUCAACUGACGGAGAAGAGGUAAAACAAAACCGUGUGCUUCUUGGACAGAAGUCUUGCACCAAGUCACAAUAAUUGGUAUUAAUCUUUUUAAGCUUAAUUUUUCAACUGGGAAAUUGGACAAAUCUAAACUUUAAUUUGAAAAGAAUUCGUCAAUGAUUCUGAAUGGGCCAAAUUUCCAUUUAAAAAUGCAUGCCCAGAAGCACGAAGGUGGUUUACCUCCUCACGACAUUCCGAGCUCACUGAGAUUUUGAGGCCGGUCCUCCGCUCGUUUUUCGCCGACCCGUCGCUGGGAUAGAAUUAAGACUGUGAUUAAAAUAAGCAUUUAUCGUUUAGUGCCGGACGAUCUGCGGUCGCCGACUAAAGAAGUGAGAGUGAGUCGAAAAACGGAUCCUACCCUCUAAUUUGUUGUAUUUACCCCAAAAUCGUCGGCUCAAGCAAUACACAUUCAUUUGAAUUUCAUCAAUAAGUGCAAAAACUGAUUUAAAACAAAGUAAAAACAUUUAAUAAGAAGUACAAAACGCGAAACUGAGGCUUUCUUGGAUAAAACUUGUUUUGGAUUUUGAUCCCAGCUAAUUCCAGUCCUUGUUGAAUUUGUUUUCUCGAAAAAGUUGCAGAGCAGUUUUUGUGUGAUUGCAUAUCUCUCAGUGUAAAGAAAGACUUUGAACAAAACUGAAAUGGAUCGAAGAGUGAGAACCACUGCUGAAACUAUUCAAUCUAUUCGUAUAUGAGGUUCCUGUGAACAAACAGCUUUUCCCUCAAAGAAAUAAGCAGAUCAAAGUAAAACUCUGUUUAGGUGCCAAUUAUGUUAUUUGUUGUUAUAGGUGCUUUCUUUUUGUUUUAACCUUUGAAAAGAGAAUCGUAUUAAGUUGAAAAAACAUAAUAUUUUUGUACUUAAGCCGUGACGAAAUUUUCGAUAAACGAUCUUCGUCCACUUGCCUUUGUGUAAUUUUUUCUAUGUAGAUUUUUGCUAUCGUUUUGUAAAUAUCCACGGCAUCUUUAGAAUGACAUUCAAUUCAAAAUUUUGAUUUUGAAAAGAUGACACCGUAACUCAAUUAAACCUUGUGGCAACCAAAUCGAUAUUUUCUCGGGGCAGUGCACUUCUGUAGUGUAAUCGUGUCAAGCUAGCCAGUCCCCUGUCCAAGACUGACUCAAAAACAAAACGCAGUAUCAAAAAGAGAGAGAAAAAAUAUCAAAUCACUGAUCCAUAAUGAAAAUUACCGGAAAUGUUAGAUUGGAGAUAAGAGAUAAAUUAAAGCAGUGCGUUCCUAUAAAAACACAAUCUUCUACAAUAAAAAAUAAAAUGCAGAAAUACAAAUAUUAUGCUUUUUUAUGAAAAA